CAUGACAACAGAGGAGAUGAUGCAGCCCCCACUGGAGAACAAGUCCAGUGUCUUAGUAUUUGCACUCUCUGGUCUGAAUGAAACAAUGGAAAACAGAUUUGUGUUUUUUUCUUUCACUGCACUGUUUUAUCCCCUAAUGGUGUUUUGUAAUGUAACUGUAAUUUUCACCAUAACACUACAUAAGAAGCUUCACGAGCCAAUGUACGUGUUUAUAUGUAAUUUGUGUAUUAAUGGACUUUUUGGCACUUCUGGAUUCUACCCUAAAUUCAUGUAUGAUUUACUAUCCCAUGAUCAUGUAAUUUCUUAUGCUGGCUGUCUGAUUCAAAUAUUUGUCAUUUAUUCAUCUGCUUUGUGUGACUUUUCAACAUUAACUGUGAUGGCAUAUGAUAGGUAUUUGGCGAUAUGUAGACCACUGGAGUAUCAUUCAAUAAUGACCAAUCAACUGGUUCUUAAAUGCAUCCUUUUCUGCUGGCUGGCCCCAUUUUCUUGUAUGUCUGUUUUAAUUAUUUUAAUAUCUAGACUCACCUUAUGUGGCUCUACUAUUGAAAAGUUAUAUUGUGAGAUUUGGGCAGUUGCAAAACUUUCUUGUUUUUCUACAACAGUAAAUAAUGUAUUUGGGUACAUUGUUAUUCUUACAUACUUUGGACAUUCAGUAUUGAUUUUUUGCUCAUACAUUCACUUGAUUAGAAAGUGCAUGAAUUCAAUAGAGGUCAGGCACAAAUUCAUGCAAACAUGUGUGCCACAUCUGCUUUCAUUGAUCAAUGUCACAUUUGCAUUGCUGUUUGAUGUGCUGUACAGUCGUUAUGGCUCAAAGAAUGUGCCUCAAAGUGUACGGAAUUUUAUGGCUCUUGAAUUCUUACUCGUACCACCCAUUUUAAAUCCACUUAUUUACGGACUAAAUCUAACAACAGUACGCCAGCAAGUUAUGAGAAUGUUUUUCAAGAAACAAGUGGGAAUAUCUGAGUGAACAUUUUAUCAAGUUCAAAAAAACCUUAUGCUUUCUAGAAUGAUUGUGACCCUUUUUUAAGAAUAAUCUUUUGAAAUAUUUAUUGAGAACAUAAUGAGACAAAAAUCCAAAAGAGGUCGCAUAUUACAAUGAUUUCACCAUGAUUAAGUGGUAUUUUUAGUUAAAUCAUAAAAUGGAGUAGAUGUUUCUAAACCCCCUAGCCACUAUACAAUCUCUGUAUUUCAAAUUCUUUUGGAACAACAAAAACAGUUUCAUUUUGGGGUGAACUUUUCUUGCAUUGAGGUACAUUCAGUCAAUGUUUUUUUUUUUUUUUUAAAUGUAAAAUAAAACAAAUCUGUUAUAAUUCAUAUAAAGCGCUGUUCAACAACUGUCUAUGUGUGUAUGUGUUUCCAACCCUAAUGUGUUUGAUAAACACAGACCUGUCAUUGUUGGGAAAAUAUUUUGAAUACCACAAUAGUGUAACCCUCAGAUCACAUACUUUUGAACCUUGCACUGCUUUGCAUAUGGUCAUUCUCAUAUUUACUGCCAUAUCGUCAAGUUGGGGAUGCAAACAGUUGUGACAAAGACCUAUAGCAUGUAUAUGCUUCUAUAGCAAUGUCCCAAGCCCUCAUUACUAGUUCUAAAUUUAUGUUUUCAAAUUAGUAAUGACUAAGAUAUGGUACAUACAUUUAAAAAUGCAGUGUGUGGGUUAGUGUAAGUCUAUGCAAUGUUCCAAUUUAGAUAGCUAAGUAAACAUGUGUGUCACAACAUAUACCCUAAAUGGACAUUUUGUUGGUCUCCAUAAGGAAAACAGCUUACAAAUCAUAAAAAAAAAAAAAAAAAAAAAAAAAAAAAAAAACAUGUAAAAAUGCAGAAAGUUUUCUGUGAUGGGUAGGUUUAGGGGUGGGAUAGAGUUUGUCCCCAUAAUACAUGUAAACCCAACAUGUGUGUGUCACAAUGGUUUUGAAUGUAGGCCUAUUCAUUGUUUUUGUUUUUAUGCAAUUUUUUGAGUCCAAUGGAAGUACAUUGGAAAGUAGUUCCUUUUCUUUCUUUUACGUCAAAGAAUAUAGUAAAUGUUAUAUAUUAAACGAAACAAGAGUCUGCUGAUUUUGUUAAACCAGUUUUGAAAUUUAU